AUGGGAGGCAUUGGGAUAUGGUGCAUGCACUUCAUCGGAAACUGCGCCAUCCGGCUGCAUAGGGGCGACCUGCAGUACCAGAUAUCGUACUCUUCCUCCUUCACUGUGACCUCCUUCUUCCUGCCGAUAGUUGUGCUCUUGUUCGCCUUUUACUUCAUCGGCGCCAGUGAACGGGCCGGCUACUGGUACAUUAUCGCCACGGGGACCCUGACCGGACUGGCUGUCUGUGGCAUGCACUACGUCGGCCAGCUUGGAAUCGCAAACUACUCGUGUACUUAUCAUGUUGGAAAUGUCGUCGGUGCAGCCGUCAUUGCCAUCUGCGCCAGUAUUACUGCCCUGGGCGUGUUCUUCAGGCUCAGGGCGUCAUGGACAGACAACUGGUGGAAACGGCUCUUCUGCGCUCUGAUUUUGGCUAGCGCCGUGUCUGGCAUGCAUUGGACUGCCGCUGUUGGAACCGUCUAUCGAGUGACGAAUGCUGGCGGUACAAGCGUACAGCUCUUCUCCUCCUCACAGGCCGUCAUCAUCUGCUGCACACUGUCACUAAGCUCGUGCUUCUUCCUGAUCUGUCUGGCCGUGGUUGCUGGUCGCCAGCGUAAGAGAAUGGCAAAGAGAGUCCAGCAGCUCUCCCUUGCCUGUGCCUACUUCGAUUCCUCUGGAAGUGUCAUGGUAGCCCCAGACGGCAGCAUUCCAACUCACAAAAUAACGAAUCACUAUGUUGAACGAAGCUUCGCGGAUGACGAGUUUAACAGAGUACACCCGGCAUUCCUCUGGGCAUUCAGAGCGAGCCGAAACUGGACGCAUCUAAAACAGUUCAUACGAGGCAUGAACUACAAUAUCAAGUCUGAUGAGUCAAUGAAGCAAUACUUCCCGGGCUCCACCACUACCCCGGACACCGGCGACACCAACAUCAACUUCGAACUCAUCUUCAAGCAGCUUUUCUGUAUAGCCGCCCAGGGCCUCUCGGACCAGCUGCAUCUGCCGCUGGAGAAGCUGGGAGUGCUCUAUGACGACGUUGUGUUAACUGGAACACAGUCAGCAAAGCCCGGCAAAUACCGCACUGGUGACCCUGAGGCUGCGCCCACGCCGACGACUAUUGUAGGCAAGGGCCAGUGCAUAUUUAUAGUGCGCCAGCUCAGCAAGCAGGAGACUAUUGACCUCUCUAUGAGCGGGUACCGUUUCGCUGCUCCCAAUCACAUCUCCGGCGCUCUGGCCAGACUGAUGCAGGUAGAGCCGAGGGACAUGCUGGACAACCUGACGCGGAUGAGAGACUACUCCGCGCCCGAGAAGAUGCUCGAUCCGGGCGUCUACCUGGUCGGAUUCUCGCUCUACCCUUCUGUCUGGACUGGUUUCGACGUGCUUGUAUACGGCGACGCGCCGAACCUGCUCCCCAACGUGCGGUUACCCAUCGAGUCGGUGACACAGCAACACCUAGACAUAUUAUCGCGGAUGGAUGGAUGGCCGCUGUCCCUCUGCUUGAAGUGGCUCAAGGCAAACGGCGGCUUCGAAGAUCCCGAGGCCCAGACGUUCUGCCAAGCCGUAUACGGAGCGGCGUCGAAUCUCUCUGCCUCGGUCGACAGCCCGACGUUUGCCCAGGCCAAAUUCUCGUCUCGACAGAUCAAAAUCCCCUGCCGGUCACCGGGCCACGCGGAGGCGACAGGCCAGUGUACAGCAUUCUCCUUUCACAUCAUAAACGGGCUGCUGACACGGACGACGCCGCCACAUCUACGUCUUACUCCUCUGCGGCUGUUCAACGUGCAGCAGCAGGUAUACCCAGGCAUUCCCGACCACGCGGUGUUCCAGGAUAACGUACGGGACGAAUUCGGGCACUGUCUGUAUGAUGACGACCUCAAGGGCAACAGAUCGCCCAUCCCCCCUUCGACGGCCCAGUCUAUGUCUCUACGGGCCAACUCCCUGAUCCAUCCCGGGGACGACCAGAGGAAGAGCAACAGGCAUUCAGGCAAUAGGCAGUCAGAUACCUGGCGGCCCACCAACGGCGGCAUCAUGAUCCGCAACCAGAUCACUGUGGACGUGUCGCAGAAGGAGGAGCCGAAGCCGUCCAGCGCCGGUGCCUUUGAGAUGCAGAGUGUCGGAGCGACCGUGGAAGCAGGCUACGUCAAGGACGACGACGAAACCUUUGUCGACGAACUGUGUGCCAUCUGCCGGAAAGCAGCUGCCGAGCAGGACAGGAACAGCUAG